CCAAAGAUUCUUGAUAAGCGACAAAUUAAAUCAAUCGAUUUUACAUCAGAUGAAUCCUUUUUCUGGAACCUAUUUCACUCAGAAAUUAACAGAUGACGUACAAUGGUUCCCGAACAAACUGAGAAACCUGCAUAAGUAUAUGUUAAAAUUUUGCUUCACUACUGAUCAAAAUUCUUUACCAAAAGGAGAAAAUCUGAAAAAAAUCAGAAGAUUUGCUAGUCUUUUAACGACAAAUAUGAAUUGUCGUACGAAAACAUUAUUUUUUAAAAUCAAAGAUUUUGGAGUAUUAAGUUCGCUUCUGUCUGCAUACAAAAUGGAAAUGGAUUUACUUCACAAAAGCGUUCUGUUAGUCAAGCAGAGUCAUGUAAAAAGUUAUAGAAUGCGUAUAACAAGUAUUGGUAGCUUGAAAGCUGUAAUUCCCAAAAAUUCAAGAACAACUAAAACUUUUACAAUGUCUGACGAAUUAAUUACUAUUAUGUGUGUCACCGUCGGUGCAAUUAUUUUGCUUCGGAUCACAGCUCUCGUGUUAAAAUUGAGUAGGAGAACAUGGCAAACUUUUAACGUCAGUCGAAUUGUACUGGGAAUGUCAACCGACAACGAGCCUGAAGAAUCUCCAGAAAGAAUAAUUUUUGGCGUGUUAAUGCUCUGUUGUAUUGCAUACUCCAGCUACUUUUAUUCAAUAAUUCUGGACAUCAAUUGGCGACCACAAGCGGAAAUAACAACACUCAAAGAAUUGCUUGAUACCGACCUGAUACCUAUGACAUAUUCAGAAAUAAAGGAACACUUUUUCUUUAGUCCUAUCUCAGAGGUUCAGAAACUAGGAACAAAAUCUACUGUGUUUCCUGAUCAUUGGUGGAAUUUUGACUGCCUGGAUUUCUUGUCUAAGUAUGGAAAUGUGACCUGCAUAAUAAACAAUUCUCAAGAAGUGGUUAAAAAUUUCGUAUCAAGAACACAAAAAAGGAACAUGAAGGUACUACUGAAGUCUUUAUCAUAUUACUUCAAGACGUUCAUAUCAAGACAUAGUUCACCAUACAUUGAUCAAUUUAACAAAAAAAUUCUGCGAGCCUCAGAAUCUGGCAUACUGUCAAAAUUGAUACACAAUGAUAUAAAGGAACAACGUAAAGAUCCCUCUGGGCCGGAGGAAAUAUCAGGUGAAAAAUUACUUCCACUGAUUUUUCACACUAUGGCUAUUGGAUACACUCUUGCAUUGAUCGCUUUCAUUGCCGAAGUUCUAAGCGUCAUAAGAUGGUCGAAAAUUCGCUUGUUUUGCACAAGUCGAAUGAACAUGAUUAGCGAUAUAUUUCGCUAAAAGGUGCGUAGUUUAAAUGUAUAGUAUUUGAACUGCGCCAAAAAUUCUGUUUUGAAUGUUAUUCCAAUAAUAUUAAUCAAAUAUUUUGAAAGUUGAUUUUAAAUAAUUUGUAGAUUUGAAAAAUUUUUGCCUUGUAUUUUGGUUGACGUUCAACUGUUUUUCUCUAUUAUUUAAAACAUUUCAUGGACGAAUGCUUAGACUUUCUAUAUUCAAUAUAUCUGUUAAAGGAAGUCAAAAUUUUGAGAAAUAUUUAACUAAAUAUUUAAAAGAAUGUAGUUUUUAAUGAUGGAAAGAAGAUACUUUAAAAAGUAGUACGGAACCAGAAAAAAAAAUUAAAAAAUGGGAAAUAUGCUACACAAACAUGAAGCAUAAUUUUUAUUACAAUAUUUGCAAGGACAUAGAAACCUUACCAGGAAAAAUCAAUACUUUCAAUGUUGUACAAAACGUACUUUUAAAAUUAAAAUGAUUCCAUCUACGAAAAUUAAAAAUGAUAUUUACAGAAAUAAGAAUAAAAAUAAUACAGGAAUAGAGCAUUUUAUCAUACACGAAAGUACUUGAGUUGGUUAAAACUGACGAGUUUUUCUUUCUUAAAGUUAUAAUUUCAUAACAUGUUUUAACUUCUGAUAUGAAAUUCUUAAAGUAGUUUAUUUUCUAUCAUUAUUGGAACUGUUAACUUAAAAGAUCCACCAAAAAAUUAUUACCUAAGAGGAUUAUCAAACUAUCUGCAGAAAGAGACGAAAUUUUAUCAGGUAAUAUUUGUCGUUGAUGAUCACAUGAUGAAUUCAACUUCAAAAGUAAAUCCUCUCGUUCAGGAAGUGACAAAACAUUUUACAAUGUCUGAUUACGUCUGAUUACGAAAAUGUAACCUGUAUAAUAGCCAAUGCUGAAGAAGAUGUUAAAUAUUUCGAAUUGAGACAACAACAAAAACAACAUAAAAGUACUUCCGGAAUCUGUGAUAUAUUAUAUUGAGUCAUGGAUGCCGAGAUUCGAUUCUUCUUACAUUGAACGCUUUAACGAAAUAAUUCUCCGAGCUUCGGAAUCUGGUAUAUUGUCAAAAUUGUUAUAUUGUUAGGCAGAAAUACAGCAACCCGUGUAGAAAUUUAACCAUGGCCCAAAUAGGGGCCAGAUCUUUUG